AUGGAAGACCCCUACACGAGCUUCCUCAAGAACCCCCACUACUACUACUGCACUUCCUCCUUCCCCGCCCCUCCCCCCACCCCUCACCUCCCUCCUCCCUUCCCACCUUACGCCNCCCUCUACCCCGCCGUGGCCGCGGCUGCGACCGCAGCUCCUCACCACCAGUACCCCUCGUUCUUCCAGCACCAGCCGGCGCAGCCCGCUCAUCACUACAGCACGGCGCCUCCCUCCCCUCCGCUCCGGGAGGCGCUCCCCCUCCUCUCCCUCUCGCCCACGCCCGCCGCCCGCCCUCGUGCCGCCCAGCAGCACGACGUCGCCGACACCGAUUCCGACGACGAUGACAACGACUGCUGCUACCACCUGCAGCAGGAGGUGGCGGCGGGCUCGAGGACGACCUCUGCGCGCACACCGCUCUUCGCCGACCUCAACUGCGUGCCGUCCUGCUGCGACGACGGCGACGGCGACCCGAUGGACGUCGAGGCCUCCUGGUCCACGUCCACGGACGACGCCGCCGUUGCUCUGCGCAUCGGCCUCCCGGCCGCUGAAGCUGACCUUCUGUCCGGGCUUUCGGGCAGGGCCGCGGAAGAGGACGAGGAGGAGGAAGAUGAUUGCAAGCCGGGAGGCGGGCACGAGGAGGUGCCUCUAGGGUUCUCUUCGACGGCGCCGAUCGGGAGGCUGAACAAGGGGCAAUACUGGAUCCCGACGCCGUCGCAGAUCCUCAUCGGUCCCACCCAGUUCUCCUGCCCCGUCUGCUUCAAGACAUUCAACCGAUACAACAACAUGCAGAUGCACAUGUGGGGUCACGGGUCGCAGUACCGGAAGGGCCCCGAGUCACUGCGCGGGGUGCAGCCGACGGCGAUGCUGCGGCUGCCGUGCUACUGCUGCGCGGCGGGGUGCCGGAACAACAUCGACCACCCGCGGGCCAAGCCGCUCAAGGACUUCCGCACCCUGCAGACGCACUACAAGCGCAAGCACGGCCUCAAGCCCUUCCUCUGCCGCCGGUGCGGCAAGGCCUUCGCCGUCAAGGGCGACUGGCGCACCCACGAGAAGAACUGCGGCAAGCUCUGGUACUGCCUCUGCGGCUCCGAGUUCAAGCACAAGCGCUCGCUCAAGGACCACGCCCGCGCCUUCGGUCACGGCCACGGCGCUUUCGGUUGCAACGGCGCCGCCGGUGGCGAUGGCGGCUUCGACGACGAUGACGAGGGCGCCGUCUCCGAGAUCGAGCACGACGUCGUCUGCGGCGCCGCGGCGCGGUGA